AUGAAAUCUCCAGGAUCUGUUGGACUCGACCGACUUGAGGGGUAUCAUUAUGAUUCUUUGUCGGUAGCCCUCCGCAAUGUUCUUAAUACUGAUACAGCGCUUGUGACCUUCGCCCAGAUUAUCGACGGUCUUCCAACCGCUGAUGUUGUCUGGGACCGAUACUCGGCCACAUAUGAACCUUUUCAUCCUAUAAUCAAUCACAAAACGCUCUGCGAAGGAACGUUAGAGAAGGCGAAAGGUUUCCGUGCACAGUUCUCUAUGGCUGAUGUGAUGGUUGAUCUGGAGAAGUUGAAUGCGUAUCAAAAGGCGAACCCUUCCUCUCGUUCCUUUCAGCUACGACUGAUUGAGAUGACUGCAUGCGCUCUACACGAAAUUGGUGUUCAACUAUCACAGCUAGAGAAAGUCCACGACCCUGCUACAACCGCCGGCCAUGAUGUUGAGUCUACCAUCAAGUGGGAGCGACCUCCCGAUGAUUUUUGCCGGUUUCCACCGAAGCCGACAAUGUUCAUUGCAACUCAAUUCACUGCUCAUGACCGAUACCCAAACGGUGUCGAUGACAUAGUUGGAUAUUGGGCCGAGAAUCGUAUCCUAGGCGGGAUAGCACUCUUUGACCGUUCACAAGCAUGGACGGGUGACGAUGAGCCCAACGUAUACUUUCAAUGUACCCGCGCAAGAGUCACGUUCCGUAUCUGUCAGCUUCUCGAUGCCCAGCAAUCAGCCUUGAUAUCCUUCCUUCUUGCAGACCCCGAGGACGCCGAUACCAAGUGUCCGCUCCCUAUCUUACCAACCUCCGAAAACAGAGUUCGAGUAGACCCGGGAGAUGCUAUUCCAAUUAAGAAAGUCUACAGAGACAUUUGGGAAAGGAAGCAUCCCCCACGACGGCGGAGGACGCCGCGGUUGGAACGCCCUAAGACAUCCUUAGACUAUCCAGAGUUGGAUAUUGAUGCAGAGGUUGAGCACCUGAAUAGAAUGUAA